AUGGGGGGCGGAGGAAAGGAAAUCAAAGCUGCCGCAGCUGAAGGGUGUAAAAGCAUGCUGGGGAAGAGCCGAGGAGCCGCAGGACGGGAUGGCAGCGGGAAGCCCGGCUGCGGCGGGGACCGCUGCCCGCGGCGGGCCGGGCCGUGCGGCUCGGCGCUGGCGGCUCUCCUCUCGGCGCUGGCGGCGGCCUCCUGCGUCUACCUGGGGGUGCGGACCAGCGACCUCCAGGCCAGGGUCGCGGCCAUCGAGGGCGCCCGAGGGGGCUUCUCUGCCGCCGCCCCGCUCCCGCCGCUGCCCGGCUUUUCCCUGGAGCAGCUGAACGCGAUGAUGCAGGAGAAAGUGGAGCGACUUCUCGCCCAGAAAUCCUACGAGCACUUGGCAAAAAUACGAGUAGCGAGAGAAGCGCCUCCAGAGUGCAACUGCCCACCAGGUCCUCCAGGGAAAAGAGGUAAGCGGGGCAGAAGAGGAGAGACUGGACCUCCUGGUCAGCCUGGUCCUCAAGGUCCACCUGGUCCAAAGGGCGAGAAGGGAGAUCAAGGUGAUCAGGGCCCUCGGGGUCUGCCAGGCUUCCCCACAGUCGCUGCUCUGCACAGUAAUCAGAUCCUCACCGUCAAGGGGGAUCAAGGACAAGCUGGACCCCCUGGGCCUCCAGGGCCACCAGGACCCAGAGGUCCCCCAGGAGAUACUGGCAAAGAUGGUCCUCGUGGGAUGCCUGGCAUACCGGGUGAACCAGGAAAACCAGGAGAACAAGGAUUGACAGGACCUGAGGGGCCUCCAGGACAAAAGGGUUCUGUCGGAGUGCCUGGUGUUCCAGGGAGAGACGGACAAGUGGGUGAACCUGGUCUGCCUGGCAUAGCAGGAGAGAAGGGAGCAGCAGGGCUUAAGGGUGACCCUGGAGAACGAGGAGAAAAGGGUGAUGCUGGAGAAAAUGGACCGAAGGGUGACACAGGAGAAAAGGGUGACCCUGGUUCUUCUGCUGCAGGAAUUAAGGGUGAACCUGGUGAAUCUGGACGGCCUGGACAAAAGGGUGAACCAGGUCUUCCUGGGCUUCCUGGACUCCCUGGGAUAAAGGGUGAACCAGGUUUCAUUGGUCCGCAAGGAGAACCGGGGUUGCCAGGGCUGCCAGGAACAAAGGGUGACAGAGGAGAGGCAGGCCCUGUUGGGAAGGGUGAGCGAGGUGAACCUGGAGUCCCUGGACCAAAGGGUGAUACCGGUGAUAGAGGUGACACGGGAUCUGCAGGUCCACGGGGACCACCUGGGCAGAAGGGUGACCAAGGUGCAACAGAGAUAAUUGAUUAUAAUGGCAAUAUCCAUGAAGCUCUGCAGGGGCCACCAGGACCACCAGGACCCCAAGGGCUGCAAGGGCCAAAGGGUGAACCAGGAUCCCCAGGAACUCCAGGUGUUGAUGGGGAGCAGGGUCCUAAAGGCUCAAAAGGAGAUACAGGUGAUCCUGGAAUGCCUGGAGAAAAGGGAGGAAUUGGACUGCCUGGCCUGCCAGGAGCCAAUGGUAUGAAAGGCGAAAAAGGAGAUGUUGGUUUGCCUGGUGCCCAAGGUCCUUCAAUGAUAGGACCACCAGGACCACCAGGGCCACAUGGUCCUCCAGGCCCUAUGGGACCUCAUGGACUGCCUGGCCCAAAGGGUGAACCAGGGUUAAAUGGUCUUAAAGGAUUGAAGGGUGAACCAGGUCAAAAGGGUGACAGAGGGCCCCUUGGUCUUCCAGGAGCAUCUGGCUUAGACGGAAAGCCAGGACCCCGGGGUGUAGAUGGCCCAGUUGGUCCCCAUGGCCCUGCAGGUCCUAAAGGAGACAGAGGUGAAAAGGGAACUGUAGGUGACCCUGGACCCAGAGGACCAUACGGCUUGCCUGGUUUCCCUGGUCCUCGAGGAGAAAAGGGUGAUAUAGGAGAAAAGGGAGAAAAGGUGACCACAGUGUUAUUAACUGUUGCUUGA